AUGUCGGAAACACCCUCCAACCCUGAAACUGGUGGCUAUAAGCUGAGCAAUGUACUCCGCAUUCUGAAGCGCUAUAUAGAGUCCGAGGAAAUAUUUGCCAUGGAAAGCACUUGCGAGGAGCUGUACCAACUGAUUUCACGGGAUGUACCUGCUGACAAGCAGCGCAGCACCUCUCAGAGCAUUCAGCUCCAGGAUAGCGUUGCUGAGGAUGCGAGCAGCCAGGACGAGACAUCUCAAAUCCAAGCGAACAAAGGCUGUCCGACAAAGAGUGACCACAUCCUCAGCGAGGCCAUUCUGUGCAUUUCACUGGACAUUCCAUACAACGACCAGGCGCAGACGAAGCUUCUAAACCUUACCCGGGAGCUGUCGAAGUGCGAUAUUCUGCAUAAGAGACACGCAAGGUCAAUCAUGGUCUCCAGUAAUUCUGUCGGAGGACCGCGCACAUGUCGGGAUUACGACUAUUUUCGAUUCGUGGCCAUGCCAUACCUUCAUCAGGAGUCUUACCGAUAUGUUAACGGUUACACCUCCGGACCCGAAGGCACAAGGGUUCUGAACGCCACUGCUUUCCAGGCCCGGCUGGCAUCUGCUGGGUGCCUGGAUACUAUUCGGUCCAUGAUCUGGGACAUGAUGGGCCUGGAAUGGGACAGCUCGACUCACACGAGCACUUUCAUCCAAACCGUGUCCGCGUGGGUAAUAUAUGGCGGGUACUUCUUCUUCCAUAACAUGGUCAUUGACCCAAUGUCUGUCAAUGAGGAUAACCAGCGGAUGUUCAAGGCGGUGCGUCUUUAUCGGGGCCCAAUUUUCGGUCUCGAGCGUUGGAACUUCUGGCAGGAACAGCUGCUUCGUUCCUCGCAGGACCCCAGUGUCACUGCAGAGGCUCGCGAUCUAGGGCUCCGAGCUGCUGAUUUGAUGGCGGCUCUGGCGCGAAAUAUCCGCUGACCGCGAGGUUACCCUGCAGCAGUGGGAUGGUUAUUUAUUUCGCGGCGGACUUUUGUCGGUCUCGCCAUGUCCACUCGUUAUUUUUUUGUUACAGUUCUCAAUUUAAACUAUAGU